AUUCCUCCGCCCAUGAGCUGCUCUUCAGCAGCAGCGCCGUCAGCAUCAUCAUUCUCUGGGGAGUUGGGAGAGGUGGGGGGAGAGGAGAGAGAAGGCUUGGUUACCCAAUAACUUUCGUUGCUCGGCCGCCAUGAUUGAUGUGAUUCCUUGUGAAUUUGGGGGGGAGAGUGUGUAGGGAAUGUGCCUUGUCGGGAGUGAAGCUUUGGUUGGACGACGUGAAAUUAUUCGCGAUCAAAGCCGCGCGCGCGUUGUGCCAGGCUACUUUGCAGAGAAGGUCAGGGUCUCGGGGAAGGAACCUUGCGGGACGAAAGGUUGCAGGUUGCAAGGUGGGGUGGAGAAGGUGCGGAUUUGGAGGGGUACAAAAUAUUUAUGCCUGCAAAGUCCUUGAG